AUGGCCGACGCAUAUUCUUACACUCUGCUCGUCGAGCUCGAAGAAAAUAAAAUACCAAAACUCAAAAAUAAGUUGGUGAAAUACUUUCAAAGCAAGAAAUCUAACGGAGGGGACUGUGAAGUGGACUACCAGGAUGGCAGCGGGACAGCGGUGCUGCGUUUCCGCAAAGAGGAGGACCAGAAAAAUGUUUUGGCGAAAGAGACGCAUCAGAUCAGUUUGGAUAAAGGCUUGUUGAAAAUGAAAGUUCGCCUCCCUUCACAAGAAAAAACUACAGAGAAAACUCCAUCUGGAAAAGUUGAAAAAGAAAACAAGAAGGCGGACAUUAAACAACCGGAUGCUGAUGAGCACGACCCUGCGGAUUCAGUCCAAAAAGACGCAAAAGUCAGAGAUAGUGAUACAACUGAUGAAGAGGAGCUGUCUUCCACCUCAGCUGUGUUCGAGAACAUUCCAGACAACGUAAGCCAGGAGUUCCUGGAGAUGCUGGUGGAAAACGUAUUGAAGGAUCUGAGCUCUUCAUCCAGCUCCCAGGACUUCAUGUUGGAAGUCAUCCCUGACAUCUCCUCUGCUGUUGUGACUUUCCAAAGUGGAAAAGAAAAUACUGAGUUCAUAGCAAAAUGCUCAGAAAACCGGAUGUUUGCGAAAAAGAAAUUAUCAAUCCGUCCACUUGAAGUCACAAAACAAGUCAUAGUUGAUGACAUAAAAAAUUUAUGUGAGGACUUGCUGCAGCUUUAUUUUGAUAAAGAGGGUGGAGAUGUGGAAGAUGUCACUCUCAAUGAAGCGGAGCAGACUGCUGUCAUUACUUUUAAAGACCAUCAAGCUUUAAGCAAAGUCAUCAAGAAAAAGCAUAUCAUCAAGCAGGAGGAAAUCAGAGUUUAUCCAUUUUACAAAUCUUUGGGGUUAGCCCUCUAUGGUAAAGACAAGCCUUCACCAAAACUCCCUCCUGCUAUUUCUGAACCCAUUGACGGGGCUGUGUGGAGGUACUUAUCCAAGAACCAAGCAGCAGCAGAGAUCAUUCGUAGUGACUUGAUAAAACAUUACUGCAACGUGAACUUUGACCAGUCUACUGUGCUCCUGAGCCCUGUGUCUUCAUUACUGAAGCAAAAGGAUGCCAAAACCAUCAUCAAAGAUUGGAAGGAAACCAUCAAGUCAGCCUUUGGAAAAUCCAUGUCCAAAUUCAAAUCCCUGAAGUUCAGACCAGAGUUAGAGCAAUGGGAAGAGUCUGAGGAGAAAAUUAGACAGACCCUAAUGAACGAGCAAGUGGUUGUGGUCCCUGAUAAAGCCAGUGGGGUCUUAUCAGUGGUUGGCCUUGUGAAAGAUGUCAAUAGAGUAGAGAGUCAGCUUUCUGAAGUCCUCAGCAUGAUUGAGCAAAAGAUGCAGAGAGCAAAAUUAAGCAAAACCCAAGAGAUCACAGCAUCACCAUCGAUGUUCCACAUCCUGUCUCAAGAUGGCCUUCGGGAUAAGAUCCUACAAGCGUGCCCAGAGCUUGAAAUGUCAUACAAUCAAAGUAAUCUGGCAAUAAAAUUAACUGGAUUUGUGGACGAGAUUAUUGCAGCAAGCAGAGUCAUAAACGAUGCAAUGUUUGCAUUAAAGCGACAGAAUCUAGAAGUAGAUAGCUCUGUCUUUGACUUGUUGAAGUAUGCACAGCAAGAUGAGCUCACAGAUGCUCUCCUAACUUCUAAAGGCAUAAAUGCAGCAUUAGAGGUCAGUGCACGGAGGGUGCAGAUUGCUGCUGUUUCCGACAAAGACCUUAAUGAUGCCCAAGACCACCUGGGGAAGCUGCUGUUAUCCCAGUCCAUCGAUGUUGAAGACGCCAGUGUCCUGGAUAUGCCAGAGUGGAAACACUUGGUCAGCCAGUUGGAGAAAGCCAACACUGAUUCAUGCCUGAAAACUCAAAUCCAAGCCUCUCCCCAACAAGUUGUGGUGUGUGGCCUCAAGGACAGGGUCAUCAAAGUUAGCAAUGAACUCAAUGACUUUUUAACUCAGAAUGCUCAUAUUGAAGAAGCUGUUGCCAUACAGGCAAAUGUUGUCACCGAAUACCUUCAAAUUUUCAACACAUCUUGGCGGAAGCAACUGGAUGACAAUGUGACUGUGUCUUUUAGAAAGGGAGCCAUCCUCCUAAGUGGUUCUAGAGCUGCUGUGGAAAAUAGUAAGACAGUAGUUAAAAACUUGGUCUCUUCUUUGUUCUUUGGCACUUUAGAAGUCCACAAACCUGGAGCGAAGAAGUUCUUCCAGCUUAAAGAAAAAAUGUAUGUGAACUCUUUGAAGACUGAAACUGGUUGUCUGGUCCAACUGGUUGAUUAUGUAGGUGGAAAACAAGAUGGCUUGGACUUGGGAUUAGUACAACAACCCGUGUACCAAGUUCAGACAACUGAUGGAGUGGAAAUCGUUGUUUGCAAGGGGGAUAUGUGCAGUUAUCCAGUGCACACAGUUGUCAAUGCCGCUACUUCAGACUUGAAACUUGAUUCAGGUCUUGCAAAAGCACUUUUGAAAGCCGCUGGCCCUCAGUUGCAGGGUGAAUGUGACAAAAUAAUCAGUGUGAGAGGGAAUCUUAAACCUGGAGACUGUCAAAUAACUGGCGCUGGCGGUCAGCUUUGUUGUAAAAAUGUCAUCCAUGCGGUUGGACCAAUGUUUGAUCAAGCUAAACCCAAAAAGGCUCAAACUCAGCUGAAAAGAGCUGUUCUAAACAGCUUAGAACUCGCUGAAAGCCAUAGCUGCCCCUCUGUGGCUCUUCCUGCUAUCAGUAGAACCCUAGGCUUUCCCCUCGGUCUGUGCACCAUCACCAUCGUCCAGGCAGUGAAGGAGUACUGUGAUGGGAAGUGCGAAGACACCUUGAAGAUGAUCCAUUUGGUGGACAAUGAUGAUAGUGUUGUUGCGGCCAUGGAGGCUGCUGUUAGAAAGGAGUUUGGAAAUCAGGGUUCUGCUCAUUCCCAAAAGGCUCCUCCUCCCAAAGCUAUAAAGUCUGCAGUGGUGAAGCAAGCUGCAUCUGACACCAGCUUGUGCCAAGCCCAGACCAAAGAGGGCUUGGACAUAAUCCUUAAAAAAGGAAAUAUUCAGGCUGCGAAGACGGAUGUGAUAGUGAACACUAUCGCUGAAGACCUCAUUUUGAGUAAAGGAGCAGUUUCUAAUGCCAUCCUGGGUGCAGCUGGAUCCAAGCUUCAGCAGCUGGUAGACAACCAGAAUGCUACUGGAAUGCCUGGUGAGGUCAUUGUCACUGAUGGAUGCAAGCUAAAGUGCAAACAAGUUUUUCAUGUAAUUGCCCCUAGCUGGGACAACAACCAAGGGACAGCUGAAAAGACUUUAAGAGGGAUCUUCCAGGAUUGCCUGGGCUUAGCAGAGAGCACUCGUGUUAGCUCCAUGUCCUUCCCAGCAGUUGGAACCGGAAACCUGGGUUUUCCAAAAGACCUCGUGGCCUCUUUGAUGUUGGAUAAAAUCCUAGAGUUUAGCAGCACAAAACAACCCAAGCACCUGAAGAAGGUUGAGAUAGUUCUUUACCCUGGCGAUGCACAGACUAUCCAGGAAUUUAGUGAUGAAUUUAUGAGGCGGUUCUCUGGUACUUCAGGUGGUUCAUUGGCCACAUCUUCCUCAAAAAAUACAGCAGGCCCUUUCUUUAAAGUUGUCUCCAGUUCAGGAAUGUGUGAGACCAAAAUGGGAAACGUGACAGUGCAGGUGGCAACAGGAGACAUAACCCAGGAGACUACCGACGUCAUUGUCAACUCUUCAAAUGAGAAAUUUACCCUCAAAACAGGAGUUUCUAAGGCUAUUCUGGAUGCAGCCGGUCAGGCUGUUGAAGCUACAUGUCGAACCCUUGGUCUUGAGCCCAACCAAGGCAUGAUAAUGACACAGCCGGGUAACUUAAAGUGUAAGAAGAUCCUCCACCUGGUUGGAAAAACUGACCCAGUAAAAAUCAACAAGGUUGUGAAGGAUGCGCUCCAAAUGUGUAUAGAUAACCACUACACCUCUGUCUCACUUCCUGCCAUUGGCACAGGUCAAGGUAAUACACAGGCAAAACAGGUGGCAGAUUCCAUGUUGGACGCAGUGAGUGAUGUGCUGAGCCAAAACCCUUCCAGUAGCCUGACAACAAUCCGGAUAGUCAUUUUCCAGCAGCCCAUGCUCCAAGACUUCUCCACUAGUAUGCAACAAAGAGAAGGCACUGAACAAAAGGAUAAAGGAGGAUUCUGGAUGAACCUUGGCAGUAAAAUCAAAACAUUAUUUGUUGGCGAAAGUUCCGACAAACCACAGAACGAGGAGGAUUUUGUCAUUGUUGCAUCCAAAGUUGAUCCUGCUUGCUUCCACAUCUGCAGUGACGCACAGCCUAAAGUAGAUGCAGCCAAAAAGUGGAUAAAUGACCUGAUAGCCAACGAACAAAACAGAAUCGUCCUUACAGACAACGCCAUCUUCAACAUGUCUUCUGCAGACCGCCAGCGCAUCUUUGACAUCCAGAAGAAGAAUGACGUGAGCGUAAAGACUGAGAUCAAGAAUGAGAAAAUAUCAAUUGUCAUCGAAGGGCUCAGCAGGAAUGUGAUCGAAGCUAGCCGUGAUAUCGAUAACAUUCUUAGGCAGGUGAGAGAUGAACAGGAGUUCAAGAAGAGAGUGGAGCUGGCAGGUACAGUUGUGGACUGGCAGUAUCGACAGCACAAGUUUCAGUUUCAGAGUUUUGACUCACUUACCAACUACCAGCUGGAGCAAGCGUUUGAGCAGAGUCAGCCAACUGUAAAGAUUAAAUUCCAGGGCCAAACUUACACUGUGGACGUGUCAAAGAGAGAAGCCACUGAUAGUCAGGGAAACAUCCUGCAGAUAAAGCGCAUUGACAAACUAAAAGAUGGCGAUGUUCCUGCUCACUGGGAUUUCAUGCCACCUACCACCACCUGUGCAGCUUUCCCACUCCCAGCUGGGUCACUAGAGUACACUGAUGUCUUUAAUCUGUUUCAGAUCACCUGCAAACGCAGCAUUACCAAGAUUGAGAGGAUCCAGAACCUCGGAUUGUGGAAGAGUCUUCAGAUCAAGAAGGAGGAGUUGGAGAUGAGAAAUGGCCAUCAGAACAACGAGAAACGCCUUUUCCACGGCACUAGUGAACCCACGAUCCCUACCGUCAAUGAACGCGGCUUCAACAGGAGUUACGCUGGAAAGAACGCUGCAUGUUACGGCAACGGCUCGUACUUUGCCGUCGACGCCAGUUACUCUGCCCAUGACACCUACUCCAAGCCUAAUCAAAAUGGAGAGAAGUUCAUGUACCUCUGCCGUGUGCUGGUGGGGGACUACACCACCGGGCAGUCCGGCAUGAUCGCGCCGCCGGCCAAGGGGAGCAGCAACACUGAAAUGUUUGAUAGUGUUGUGGACAACAUGACCAAGCCCUGCAUGUUUGUGAUCUUCAAUGACAUCCAGGCCUAUCCAGAGUAUCUGAUUACGUUCAAGUGAUGUGACCAUGUGCUGUGAUUACAAAUCUAACUGGGAUUUCUGCAACUUUUUACUGAUUCUUCUAUAAUUCCAGUAAUCAAUAAUCUGCUUUUCUAAUUUGAAAUAGUUUUCAGAGCAAGCUUUCGUCAUUAUUAGUGAGACUCCUGUAGUGCAUUGAAAAUGUCUCAAUCAGCACAUUUCAGUUUACACAUGCAAACAGAAGGGGGUGAUCUUAAAGGAGAGCUUUUUUUUUGCUGGAGGUGUCUGUUCUAAGAAAUCAUGUGAUAGCAGAAGUGUGUCUGUGUAUUGGAUCAGAUCAACAACUAAGUUUGAAAGUAAACAUGAAGUUUAACAUUGAUUUAAAAUAAAAAGGCUGUGAAAUAAACAAGCAGUGGUCACUAGUUUAUAAACAUCACAUUUUAAAUGAUGCACCUUGUUUUUGUCAUAAAGCAACAAGAAUUCAUGAAGCUACUUUUAAAGUCCAAAUAAAAUCUCUGAUUAUAUAUUAAACCAAGCCAGUUAUAAAACACCUGAUUAUUUUAAACUCCCAUCACAGAAGCUGCCUUGUUAAAGAAGCUGAGAUUUAUUUUGUAUCUUACUGAAACAUUAAAGGUCUUUCCUCGUAAUG